AGUCCAAUAAAGCGAAUAAACAUGAAAAAAUUAUUAGAUUAGCUCAAAAGUUCAAUCUCUGGAAAAAGUUUAAUUAAAGUUAUCUUUUUAAAAUGAAGACUUUGCGAGUGAAAAAAGCCCGGAAAACUCUUGGAUUUUAUGUGAAUAAUUAUAAAUUUCAUCAACCUUUUCAAGUCCUUGUUGAUGGUACAUUUGCAUUUGCAGCAUUACAGAACAAAUUUAACAUACAAGAGCAACUUGCAAAGUACUUCCAGUCUGAAACUAAGUUGCUAACAACAGCAUGCAUCAUCUCAGAAACUGAGAAACUUGGUAUAUUCUCUCCAGCAGUUAACGGUGCUACACAAAUUGUGAAACAGUACGUUAUACACAGAUGUGGACAUGAAAAGAAAUCAAUAAAUGGUUCAAAAUGUUUUUUAUCUAUGAUAGGAAAAGAUAAUAGUGCAAGAUACAUUGUUGCAACGCAAGAUCGUGAACUUCAGGAUAAAUUGAGGAUAAUUCCGGGAGUUCCAUUAGUUUAUUUACAUGGAAAAGUACCCACACUAGCUUCUCCUUCAGAGGCGAGCCGUAAACAUGCUGAAGCUAUGCAGAAAGGUUUAGGUAUGUCUACAUGGGAAAAAGAAAAUAUAAAAAUAUUGCGAAAACAAGCAGGACUAGAAGAGAAAGAAACUAAAUUGAAAAAGAAAAAGAAAAAAGGAGGACCAAAUCCGUUGAGUUGUUUAAAAAAAAAGAAAAAACCCGAAACAAUAUUGAAGAAAAAUGGUGUAAAGUCUGGCAAGGUCAGAAGAAGAAAAAUUAAAAUAGCGCCACACAUUAAAGAGGCUUUACUAGCAGAAUUGAAGAAUAAACAUAGUACAUAAAAUUGUACGCAUGUGAAUCGUGCAAAUUUUGAACAUGUAUUCUGUGAAUACAACAUAUAAAAAAUAAAAUCGUUAAAAAAUU